CUCUGAUUGUAUUAUUUAAAGCUAAUUAGUGAUUUUUCUCGUUGUUUGUUAACUGUAUUUAUAUUAAAUCAAUCGUUUUGUGCAUUUCACUCAAAUGAUACUCAUGGAUUUUGCACAUGAAAUUUUGUUAUUCUCUUAUGAGCUGGUAUGGGGCUGAAUGUGUGGAUGUUUGUAAGUUGUUUCAUUGAGGCCCCAAGCUGGAACCUAAUGAAGAAGCUUCAACCUUUCAUAGUUCGGAGGCCCUUGAGGACAUAUUGGAUGUUCACAAAAACGGCGUCCAAGAUGAGAUGACUGAGCAAUCCGCCGCACAGUUUAGCAAUUCUUCUACGCUUACAGAUAUUUGUUGUAGAGCAGAUACAGCUGAAGUUGAAUUAGUUAGUUUAAUAGAAGAACACAUUCCUCAUUACAAGCUUAGAGCAGAUACUUUGACUGAAUUUUGCGGUUACGAAAACGAAGAUUGGUACAUUCAAACUCCUGCUUUAAGUCCUGAUACUGAUAUUCCAUUGAGCCCUGAAGUUGUUGAAGAGACUUUAAAAUAUUUUGUGUUAUGUGCUGAUCGUCUCAGCCAGAUGACCAAAACGUACAAUGAUAUUGAUGCAGUAACUCGAUUAUUGGAAGAAAAAGAAAGAGAUCUAGAGCUGGCUGCACGAAUCGGGCAAUCCUUAUUGGAUCAAAAUAAAGAUUUGCGAAUAAGAAAUGAUCAACUUGAAUUAGAACUGGCAUCUUCAAAUGAAGCGGUUACUCAACUGAGGCACGACCUGUCUAUAAAGAAUGGAUUACUGCAAAUUUACACACAAGAUUUGGACACUGAAUCAGAUUCUGGUUCCCCAGUCAAAGAAAGAGGAUUUUCUGUCAGUUGGGACGUCCUCAAUAAAAAAAUUAGUUGUUUACAGGAAGAAAAUUCACAGCUUCGAUCAGAGGCUUUCUCUAGGACUGCUGAUAUCGAGGUUGAAGAAAAGAAAGAAAUGCAGCUGAUAUCAGAUUGUGCAAGACAGCUCACCCAAGUCAAUAAACAGCUGGCAUUUCUGCAAGAAGAGGUUGCUAAGAAGACUGAAGAUAAUAUCCGUCAGCAAGAAGAAAUCACUCAACUAUUGUCUCAAAUAGUUGAUCUGCAAAGGAAAUUACGUGAUGUCACAGCUGAUAAUGAAUGUCUUUCUGCCAAGCUUGAAAUUGCUGAAGAAUGCCAGCAUGAAUUGUCUGAGGAGCUGAUAGACAUGAAAGAAAAGUAUGGAGAACUUAUGACUGCUUUUCAAGAGCUUCAAGCUGAAGCAAAGCAAGCACAAAGAAAUCGACUGCCCAGUGCAAAUGCAUGGCAGGGAUUUGGCAUGUACAAUCCUUAUGUCAAUCCUGAUUCCCUUGCCAAUGAACUGGAGCAAUCAUUAGGAAGAGAUAGCGAUGGCUACUCGUCUGAUGAAAAACCAAGCCACAGCCGAAAAGUGUUCAAUACUGUUCGUUAUGCCAAUCACGGUUUUCCGCCAAGAAGCCGCUUUAGUUCCUCUCAUUCGCAUUAUACGAUGAGUGGCUCCCAUUCUCGCCCUGGGUUGACUUCAACUUGUUUUUCAUCUCUCAGUCAAUUAUCAUCCUUAUCAUCAGGUUUUAACGACCUUGCAUCUGAUUCAGAAUCUGCAUAUGCAGAGAGCUACAGCACAGAUGACGAAAAUGUCGAUACAUUUGUGAGUGGUAAAACUGAAAAAGUAAGGCCAAAUCAUCUAGAUGUUGGACUACACAGCUUAAGUAGUGGUUUUGGCACAUGCAAUGACAUCAAUAAUGAACUAGACAAAAGUUCAGGGGAUUCAUCGUGGACUGCAAAUUUCAAGAAAAGCUUGUAUGGCCGCACAAUAAAAAGAUAUCAAUUUCCAGAGAAGUUGCAAAUAAUUAAACCAUUAGAAGGAUCACAAACUUUGCACCAUUGGCAGAGGCUAGCAACCCCUCACUUAGGUGGCAUAUUUGAACAUAGACCUGGUGUAAAAAUAAAAGGAGAAGCCAGAAUAAAGGAAUUUGAUGAGAAAGUUAGUCUUGGAGACUUUGAGGAAGAUGAAGAUUAUGCUAAUCCAGGAAAGAGUUUCAUGAAUACAUCAUCUGUAUAUACAUUUACCACUUCUGCUUUCCAAAAUCCUAAUGAUCUUACUAGCGUAACUCCUAGCUACCCUUCUCUGCAACUGUCUACAAGGAUAACUUCUCAACCCCCAUCCAAUCUAAAUAGUCCCCAGCAGAAAACAACUGUACCUCUCACUGGCCGAAGCUUGGCAAAACUCUUGACUGAACGUGGAAUUCACGCUAUGGUACCAUCAGCUCUCAGUCCUUCGGUAAAGUCCAUAUCUCCCCCUCCGACACCUGCUCCUUCGCCUGAAGGAUCUCCACCAUCAACGCCUUUGCCAUUCAGUGCUGUCAGGAUACCAGACUUAGUAGGCAGUGCUUCCAUAGCCAAGGGCUUUCAUCUGUUGAAAAAGCCUCGUCGUUCUCGUUCCCAGCCACCUCCAAAACGAAGUGGUAGGGAAGCUUCGGUUGGGCUCAAUUUAGACUUGAUGGAACGUAUUGAAGGAGUCGGACUCAAGACGCUCCUCCCAAUUGAUGAUAGCAUAAAAAUCAAAAAGACCUUGAGCAGUGAGACUCUGAUAGAUAGUGUUCCAGUCACAGCUACCGCUGAGCCGGAAGUUUCUACUGCAAGUAAACCUGCUUGUCAAACAGUGUUCUCUUCUUCAACUUCCAUCGCGAGCUCUUCUCGUGCUGACAACGCUCCAAGAAGGUUCAUGAGCCCCGAGACCACUCUUGACAAGCCAUGGGGCUACGUUCCGACGUCUGUUACGUUCAUGAAAAGUCCGGCUGCGAUUGGUUUGACCCCCACGGUGGCCCCACCUCUGUCUCGUAUGCCGAAUCCUGUUUUGCAGUUGAACAAUCUUCGGAGUAUGAGGCCUAACUCUCCUGAUGUCGGUACCAUUGGUACAGUGAGGACACUGAGGAAAGGAGGUUACAUCUGAAAACAUGAAAAGCAUUUAGAAUGUGGGUUUGAAUAAUGUUAUGAGUGGUGCAAAAUUCUGGACAAUGAAGUUUCACAUUUAUAUGUUUCUUAGCUAAGAAUUUAGCUGCGUAGAUUGAGUGCUAAAUAUGUUUUUGUUGAAACAAAACUUUACUUAGGGGAGCAUUUGUUUAAAUAAAUUUUAAAAAUAUUAGCUUUAUUUUGAGUAUUUAUGUUAUUUUGGUACUAAA